AUGAUAAAAACAGUGAAUCUUACGAGGACACUUUUUAAUCAUCAUUCUCAGUCCCAAACAAUCAAUAUAUCUACAAUAACAACAACUUCAUCAGGAUCAGAAUCUGAAACAUGUUCAACAUCAUCAGAAACAUCAUGUAAAAGUAAUGUGAAUACAAUUGGUUUAAAUAUUAAUGAUGAUACAAAUACUAUUCCAAAUGAUGAUUCAACUAUAGUACUAUUAAAUUUAGUUGAUAAACUUAAACGUGAAUUAUCAACAAUAAAACAAGCUAAAAAUCAGUUGGAAACACUUUAUAAAGCUAAAUCAAAAUCUGAUCUUGAUAAAUCAGCUAAAAUUACGAAACUUCAUCUACAAUAUGAACAUGAAUUAAGCAUAUUUUGUAAAGAAGAUCAAAAAGAUCUUGUAUGUUAUUUACAACGACAAUUGCUUGAACGUGAUCAACGUAUUGGUGAACUAUCAUAUGAUAUUGAACAAUUAAAAACCUGGUCAGUAGGAAAUACUCUUAAUGAUGUUUGGACAAAUGGAAAUAAAAAAAUUGCACCUGUUCAAGUUUUACGAAGUAGUCAUCCUGAUCUUGUCAUGUCAACAGUAAGUCAAAAAAAUGCUUUUUAUUUCUAUGCGCGUGCGCAUUCUCCAUUACAUGCGCCAUUACAUGUAUCAGUUACCUUGGUGCGUCCUCUUUCCACUAUCGAUUCAUACAUGAAUCAUUGA